UUGAUGAUAAAAAAGAAUUACAAAAGGCUUUCAAAGAUAAUAAAAUAGAUUUUGUAUUUAAUUUGGCACAACUUCGAGCCUCAACCAUUGGUGAUGAAAAUUACAUUGAAAGAAGGUCAGCUGUAGAUUUUGGUAUACCAUUGGUCAAUGAUGGAAAAUGUGCCAAAUUAUUUGUAGAAGCUCUCAAGAGAAAAAGAAUUGAAUUUAGUGGACUAGUUGAUGGUAAAAUACCAAAUGAAGUUAAAAGUUGGUCAGAUUUUAUUGGAGGAAGACAUUGUUAA